AUGCCUCGCGAGAUUGUAACUGUCCAGCUUGGCCAAUGUGGAAACCAGAUGGGCUCGGUUUUUUGGCAGCGCCUGUGCGCGGAGCAUGGAAUUAGCAAAGACGGCAUCCUUGAAGAAUGGGCAACAGAGGGAGGAGACCGUAAAGAUGUGUUUUUCUAUCAGGCUGAUGACGAGCAUUAUAUUCCACGCGCUAUACUUGUUGAUCUUGAGCCCAGAGUGAUCAACAACAUUCUUACAUCUCCUUAUGCGAACUUGUACAAUCCUGAAAACAUAUUUGUAUCGAAAGAUGGAGGCGGCGCAGGAAACAACUGGGCUCAAGGUUACUCUGCAGGAGAGAGGGUGUAUGAAGAAGUCAUGGAGAUGAUUGAUCGCGAAGCAGAAGGAAGUGAUUCGUUAGAGGGUUUCAUGCUUAUGCACUCAAUAGCUGGUGGAACGGGAUCCGGAAUGGGAUCCUUCCUGCUUGAACGUUUAAAUGACAAGUUUCCUAAAAAGCUGAUACAGACGUAUAGCGUGUUCCCUAAUGCGCAGGAGGGAGACGUUGUUGUGCAGCCAUAUAACUCGCUGCUUACCCUCAAGAGACUUGUGAACCAUGCUGACUCAGUCGUCGUUUUGGACAAUGGGGCCCUUUCGAGGAUUUCUGCGGAUCGUCUGCAUGUGCAGACGCCUUCCUUUGACCAGACCAAUCAGCUGGUUGCAACUGUAAUGGCCGCCAGUACUCAGACAUUACGAUAUCCGAGCUACAUGAACAAUGACCUUGUCGGAAUCAUCGCUUCCUUGAUCCCCACACCUCGCUGCCACUUCCUGAUGACUUCAUACACACCAUUCACUAGUGAUCAAAUCGAUAAGGCAAAACCCAUCAGGAGAACAACAGUCCUCGAUGUUAUGCGCCGUUUGCUCCAACCCAAAAACCGCAUGGUCUCAACAACACCGAGCAAAACAGCUUGCUACAUAUCAAUUUUGAACAUCAUUCAAGGCGAUGUUGAUUCCACUGAUGUGCAUCAAUCGCUACUCAGAAUUCGUGAGCGUCAGCUGGCGAAUUUCAUCCCCUGGGGCCCCGCCUCAAUACAGGUAGCGUUAACUCGCAGGUCGCCUUACAUUCAGACAAACCAUCGCGUUAGCGGUUUGAUGCUCGCCAAUCAUACGAGCAUUGCCUCUCUAUUCAAGCGGAUGUUGGAUCAGUUUGACCGCCUCCGAAGGCGUAACGCCUUUUUGGAACAGUACAAGAAAGAGAAGUUGUUUGAGAAUGGUCUUGAAGAGUUCGACGAUGCGAGGGCAACUUGUGAAGAACUUCUAAAAGAAUAUAAAGCAUGUGAAAGCCCUGAUUAUAUCUCAUAUAACGGCGACACGGAACAGGCUUCAUAA